AUUGAAGUGUAUACGAACAUGAGUAAAACCUUAAGGUAUGCGUGAUUAAAUUAUAUAAUAUUUUUAGCUAAGGUAAAGUAAAUAACAAGAGGAAGUUGGACGAAUGACAACAAGAUGACAACAGAAGUGAAAACGAACUCGGCUGCUCAGUGGGUUACAAUGGCACAAUGGCUUCCAGGAGGUCUGCCUUGGCCUCGCAAAAUGAAAUCUCUGGCAACGACCCUCUUCGAGAAUUAUUCGAGGCCUGCAGAAACGGAGACUUAGUGCGAGUGAAGAAGCUUGUGACACCACAAAAUGUUAAUGCCAGAGACACGGCCGGACGCAAAUCUUCCCCAUUACAUUUCGCAGCAGGUUUUGGUAGACGUGAUGUUGUAGAGCACCUUUUGAAUUUGGGAGCUGCUGUAGGAGCGAGAGACGACGGUGGUUUGAUUCCCUUACAUAAUGCAUGUUCCUUUGGUCAUGCUGAAGUAGUUUCACUACUCCUCAAGCAUGGGGCAGACCCCAAUGCUCGAGAUAAUUGGAACUACACACCUCUUCAUGAAGCAGCAUCAAAGUCUAAGUUUGACGUUUGUAUAGUGCUUCUGCAGAACGGGGCGGAUCCUAGCAUCCGCAACACAGACGGCAAAACGGCGUUAGAUCUGGCAGAUACCUAUGCUCGAUCUGUACUUACAGGCGAGUAUAAAAAGGAAGAACUCUUGGAGGCUGCUCGUGCAGGAAAUGAGGACCGCCUUUUAACGCUAUUAACCCCACUCAACGUGAAUUGCCACGCCUCCGAUGGCCGCAAGUCGACUCCGUUACACUUGGCAGCCGGUUACAAUCGAACGGAAAUAGUUACAAUACUGCUCCAGCAUGGAGCAGAUGUCCAUGCUAAGGACAAAGGUGGUCUUGUUCCCCUGCACAACGCGUGUUCAUAUGGCCACUUUGAGGUCACCGAGCUCCUCAUAAAGCAUGGGGCAAAUGUCAAUGCUAUGGAUCUGUGGCAGUUUACCCCUCUGCAUGAGGCAGCCUCCAAGUCCCGAGUUGAGGUAUGUUCUCUACUGUUGGCGCAUGGUGCAGAUCCAACAUUGCUAAAUUGUCAUUCAAAGUCUGCAAUUGAUGUUGCCCCAUCUAGAGAUCUCCAAGAAAGGCUUACUUAUGAAUACAAAGGUCACAGUCUUUUAGAAGCUUGCCGCCAGGCUGAUACUGCCAGACUUAAAAAGUUUCUAUCCCCAGAUGUUAUUAACUUCAAGCAUCCUUACACUGGGGAUACUCCUUUGCAUUGUGCUGUGAGUUCAACUGGAGGGAAAAGAAGGGGUGUAGUUGAGGCUCUUUUGAGAAAAGGAGCUCCCCUUCAGGAGAAGAACAAGGAGUUUCUCACGCCACUGCAUGUAGCAUCUGAUAAAGGGCUUUAUGAGAUCAUGGAGGUUUUACUUAAACAUGGUGCAAAGGUUAAUGCUCUUGAUGGCCUGGGUCAGACAGCUCUUCAUAGAUGUGGAAGAGAAGGAGAUAUUCAAGCAUGUCGAUUAUUGCUACAGUAUGGUAUCGAUCCAACAAUAAUUUCUCUUCAAGGCUACACUGCCACUCAGCUUGCUACAGAUCCAGUUCAACGACUUUUACAUGGUAGGGCUUUUGUGAACAAAGCUUACUCAAUGCUGUCACUAUAUACAGGGCUCUGA